UAUCAUUUCCGAUUUUCCUUCACUUUCUCUCAUUUUCCUCUCCCUUUUUUCACUUAGGAUAAACGAAAAAUGCAGCAAUACAGAACCCUACAGAUCUUACAAAAAUCCCCAAAUUCACGAGUUUUUCAUUUAUAUCUCAACCGUCCACAUCAUCGCAAUGCCCUAUCACGUGACUUCUUCACCGAAUUCUCCGCUGCCCUCUCAUCUCUGGACCAGAAUACAGACGCCGCCGUCAUCGUACUCUCCGGUACCGGCGAUCACUUCUGCUCCGGCAUCGACUUCAAAGCACUAAAUUCCAUCACCGACCAUCCCCCAUCCUUCGAUAGAGCCCGUGCCAACGAGAAGCUCCGACGAGAGAUAAAGGUUUUACAGGAUGCGAUCACUGCGAUCGAGAGGUGUAGGAAACCCGUAAUAGCUUGUGUCCAUGGGGGUUGUAUUGGCGGGGGUGUUGAUAUUGUGACUGCCUGUGACAUCAGGUAUUGUACUCAAGAUGCAUUCUUUUCAGUUAAGGAGGUGGAUUUGGGGAUCACGGCGGAUCUCGGGACACUCCAGAGGCUGCCUGGUAUAGUCGGUUAUGGUAACGCGAUGGAAUUGGCUUUAACGGGUCGGAGAUUCUCGGGUCAAGAGGCCAAGGAGUUGGGUCUGGUUUCACGGGUUUUUGCAUCUAAAGAGUCAUUGGAUGAAGGUGCAAGGCUUGUAGCUGAAGAGAUUGCAGCAAAGUCUCCUCUGGCUGUCACUGGGACAAAAGCAGUCUUACUAAGAAGCAGAGACAUGAAUUUAGAACAAGGAUUAGAUUAUAUUGCAACUUGGAAUUCUGCAAUGCUUGUAUCUGAUGAUUUAACUGAGGCCAUUAAAGCACAAAUCCAGAAAAGAAACCCUACCUUUUCCAAGCUUUAAUAUUUGCCUUGUAUGGUGGCUUCAUCUCAUUUGCUCAGAUUAUAGAAUAAGUGUUUUCUUGACACGUAUAAAUGUACUAGAAGCUGUCUUUUAGUCUCAAAACUACUCUGUCUGCAAUUAGAAUUAAUAUGUACCAACUGUAUUUAUAUCUAUAUAUGAACGUGAGACUCCUAUCAUGUUCUAGUGCAUUCUGCAACAGUCUUUCUUUUUCUUUU